GGAAACAAUGUGGACGUUGUUUUCUAUUUUGCGAACAUAUUGCACAAGAAGACGUGACCUUUGCCAUUGAAAACGCGCAAGCUCUUCCUAUCUCUUUCUUUCCCUUUCUCUCUCUUUCCUUGGCGUCUUCUUCAUGUCCUUUCUUUCCUUCUCGCAGAAUAUACAUAUCGCUUAUAUAUACCCACACACACACACACAAUAUAUAUAUUUGUGCUUUUCUUUCCCCAUUCAACUGGACCGAAUUCCCAGCAAAACCCACCUCCUUAAACCACCCAAAAAAAGUUGUUUUUUUUUUCAGCUGAAAAUACAAGAGAUUUUCGGAUUCAAGUCAAUAUUGGAUCUUUGCCAAAUAUAUUUCCACAAUAUACAGAAGAUUGUUUUUUUUUUGGCCCGUUAAUGGAUCUUCGAAUGACAUUGAUUUUGCUCGGCGGUUUGUUGUUCUUCGCUCUGUUUUCGAGUGCCUCGGCGAACUUUGUUUUCCCAGUUGAGCAUAAAUUCAAGGGCAAAGAGCGUUCUUUGAGCGCAUUGAAGGACCACGAUGUCCGCCGUCACCGGAGAAUUCUCUCCGCCGUGGAUCUGGAAUUGGGCGGCAAUGGCCUCCCCUCUGAAACCGGGCUGUACUAUGCGAGAAUUGGGAUUGGGUCUCCUUCAACAAAUUAUUAUGUGCAAGUUGAUACAGGCAGUGACAUUUUAUGGGUGAACUGUAUUGGCUGCGAGAAGUGUCCGAAGAAAAGCAAUCUUGGUAUAGAUCUCACAUUAUAUGAUCCAAAGAGCUCCACAACUUCAAAAUACGUUAAUUGUGAUCAAGAUUUUUGCACUUCCACAUACGAUGGUCAACUUCCUGGUUGCAGGCCAGAGUUGCUGUGCCAAUAUAAUGUUGUUUAUGGAGAUGGAAGCUCAACUGCCGGAUACUUUGUGAAGGAUGCUUUACACUUCAACAAAGUGACUGGAAACCGUCAAACGGCAACAACAAACGGGAGUGUAAUAUUCGGGUGUGGAGCUAAACAAUCUGGGGAGCUAGGUACAUCUUCUGAAGCCCUUGAUGGAAUACUUGGUUUUGGACAGGCAAAUUCGUCGGUGCUUUCACAGCUUGCUUUAGCUGGAAAGGUGAAAAAGGAAUUCGCACACUGUUUGGACACUAUAAGUGGUGGUGGAAUCUUUGCCAUUGGGGAAGUGGUGCAGCCACGGGUGAAUAAGACUCCAUUGGUGCCUAAUCAGGCGCACUACAAUGUUAAUAUGAAGGAAAUUACGGUGGGUGGUGAUGUUCUCGACCUUCCCACAGAUACAUUCGACACGGCAGAUGGGAAAGGAACUAUUAUUGACAGUGGUACAACCUUGGCUUAUCUUCCAGAGGUGGUUUAUGAUUCCUUGAUGAGUAAGGUUAUGUCUCAGCAGCCUGGAUUGAAAUUACAUACUGUUGAAGAUCAGUUUUCCUGUUUUCAAUUUACUGGAAAUGUUGACGAUGGAUUUCCAAUUGUUAAAUUCCGUUUUGACAAGUCUCUUACUUUGACAGUUUAUCCUCAUGAAUAUUUGUUCCAGAUUCGUGAGGAUGUUUGGUGCAUUGGUUGGCAGAACAGUGGGUUGCAAUCCAAGGACGGAAAGGAAAUGAUUCUUUUAGGAGAUAUGGUGCUUUCAAAUAAGCUAGUUUUAUAUGAUCUUGAAAAUCAAUCUAUUGGGUGGACAGAAUAUAACUGUUCGACAAGCAUUAAAGUGAAGGAUGAAAAUUCAGGAGCAGUGUACUCUGUAGGUUCCCACAAUCUCUCGUCAGCUUCCAAGGUGAUAACUGGAGGAAUGCUGACAUUCUUUUUGUUACUGAUUGCCAUGCUGCACAAUUUUAUUUGUUAGACCAUUUGAACAAAGUAACAAAAGAACAUUCACAAUCUUUGUUGUACCAUAAUUUAUUCAAUAGAAAUGUGUGCUUUGGUGGUA